GUACAUUAUAGUAUUGCUACCGUGAUGGGCUACUUCAAUUCCACAUCAAGAAUUUCACUUCUGCAAGUUAUUACGUAGACUAUUGUAGUCAAUAUAUGAGCAAUUCUUUAUGAAAACUUCUGAUCUUUAUGAAAAUGCGGGCCAGUUCUAUGCUUUACUCUGUCAGAUUCUGAAGCUUUCUCAUUUUAAAUAAUUCUAUUUGCUGGCGAUAAUAAGAAGAGUGCAAAAUUUAUUCUUUCAUUUCUAAUUCAAAAUUCCUAUCUUUGGUUUUGUAUCAUUACUAGCUUCAGCCAACGAGUUUGUAUCAAGAAGAGGAAAACCAGGAUGUUACUAAGAAAACUUGUUUCAUCGAAAUAUUUGGAAUGCGUAGAAAGAGCAUCACUAAAUACACUUCUAAGCCACGAACAUCCAAACAUUUUGCACGUGCUUGAAGCUUGUGAAGAGCUCUUUCAAGGCUGUGAGCAAUUUCCAAGGGAGCUAUGUACCUUCUUCAGGUGCAUUUCAUCAAAUUCGCCGGUUUGUUCUUAUAUACCACCGACAGCUUCCUUCAAUCAUUUGGCAGCACGUUUAUCCUCUGGGCUGAUAAUAAGGAAAGACCCAGAGGCUCUAUCCGAGCUUCAGAUUUGUGCCCCCAUUGUUUAUGGAGUUAUAAAAUGUCUUCCUGCUGCUUCUUUGCCACAGCCGUGGAUCACGUUGCUUGAAGAACUAAUUGUGAAGUCAAGGUAUGUCACAGAUUUCCAGCCUCAUGACACCUCAACAUCGAACAGUUUCUUAUCCAACAGUUUGAGCUUCUUUCCUUCGUGGCCACAGCUAUCCGACCGUGGCUCCUACACAAUGGAUAAAACGAAGAGCGACACCAGGGAGGAAUGUGCUAAAACAUAUCGAGGUCAUCCAAAUUUGUUGCCUGGUAUAUUCACAGUUUACUGUCAACACGAAAUCUGCUACGGUUUUGAAAUGAUGCAAUGCCAAGAGUCUACUAAUGUCCCAUUCACAAUUAUGCGAACUAAAUUGCCAGAAGCCCCUGAAGCAAUAAUAUAUGAUAACUGUUGCCAUCUGCAUCAUUACUGCUUAAACAGAGACCCUGGCUUCUUUAAACAAUGCAACUUUUUAGUAGACAGAUUCCACUGGAAGAAUCAUAAAGCUUGUGCUGAAAGCUACAAUGCUUCUUCUCAUCCAGCAUAUGACCGAAUCAACACCCAAAUCAACGAGCAGAGAAAUGCAACACUGAAGACGCUCAAGAGUCAAGUGUCGUACAUGAAUGAAGAGAAUUUUCUCAGCCACAUCAAGCUGCUUCUUUUUCACUGCAAUUACACCCUUAAACAAGAAAAAGGAUUCUGAAGCUUCAAACAUUCACCCUUUUCUUACUUUAACGCUUAACUUGCUUGACACCCUAUUCAUUUGCCAUCAUUAAUUCAUUUGAUCAUAUUUUAU